GUUAUGGGCUGCGAACUGCAGAGUCAGCUUCUAGCAACGUGCAAUAUUUCUAUGGGAAAACUUGGCGUGCAGCUGAGGAAGCCGCACUGCGUAGGGCAUGGAAUAACUUACAGUCUGGUAAUGGAAAGGAAGGAUAAAACAGGCACUCUUUCUCUGACAGAGUAAAGGAAAAUAUGUUCAUAGUUCAUUUUCCCCCUAACUUGUCCUUGUUUACAAAUGAGCUGAUUUUCUGUUUCUGGAAGGUUUGCUCUACUAAGAGUCAUGUUCUUUUACCACACUGUGACUCUAACUUCCAGGUUUUGAUGUAGCUGAUGUGUUACAGUCCUGAGCAAACUAGAAAUCAAACCUAAUGUGGAGUCAAGAAAAGUCAUAUGCAGCAGUUAGAGCCAAUUACAGCAUUAGGUUGCCAAAAAGUUUUCCCCAUAUAUACAUUGUCACACUGAAAAUCAUCUGUCUUGCUCUUUCAUGUUAUUAAUGGGUGAGCAAACUUUUAUGCAUAACGAAAAGUAGAAAUAACUUGUAGAUUUAGAAGUUUCAUUGUUAAUGAAGCCAGCUGAGAUUGUAUAAAAACAUCAGAGCUAUGCUUCUUAAAAUACAUUCACUGGGGUAUGAAAUACUUUAAAACUUGAAUUUAUGUAGCUAAGGAAAUUUGAGUGUAUAAAAUGGCUCUAACAUGUUAGCUGGCUGUUGGAACCGUUAAUAAUUACUUUGAGUGCAGUAAUGUUGGUGGAAUCUCUGAGUGUGGUCAACGACCUUGCAGAAACAGAAAGGAAUAAAUGUGGCUGCAACUUUUGAAUUUCUAGCAGUACCAAAACAUAAUGAAAACCUAAGGACCACAGCCACAAAGUGGUAGGGAUGCUGGCAAAUUGAUUUUUACGUGGUGCAGCAAUGAGCAGGCUAAUAAGUAGGUCUGGUACUGCUGAUGCAGAAGCGGCUGUGGAGAAAAAAUGAACCAGAGUAAAAUGUUUUUCUGUCAUAUGGAAGGCUGGUGGUUCUGCUGCGCUGAGGCUGGCUGUGCACGAGGGAGGCACCUGGGUUCGCAGGGUCAUUAACUUGGGGGCGAGGAGGAAGUACAGCGGUCCCAGGAAAAAAGUUUGUUUACCAGGAGGAGAGAAGAAGGUUGGGAGUCUGGCAAGUGUCGCAGAUGUAGAGUGGUGGCAGUUGCAGCAAGGCUCGCGUGUGAGAAAAGGUUGAAACGGCACCCGUGACGGGUGUACCUUGCACCAUGCACUGGGGGUGAAACCCCGGUUUGGCCUGGGUCUUGUUUUCCUUUACGCUCAGAAGCUGGCUGGACUGCUGUGGCUGAGAAAGGAAUGCUUAAUCUCCUCUCCCUGGGGAGUAAGUGGAACAUAAUGUCAGAGCAAGCUUGAACUUCUCCCCCACAUUAGCUAUGUUACAAGCUGUCUUGUCACUUGAAUAGCUACAUUGUAAAUGUACUUUUUAAAGACUUAAUUGCAGGGUGAGCAGCUCUUCUUCAUUCCCGCGUGUGUAUUAGACAUGUAUACUUGCCCAGCGAUGCCUUACAUGAUAAUUGGAGUACGAUUGAUUUUGGCCUGGGAGUGGUAUGCCAACUGUGAGCUGUCAGUGACAUCUUUCUGUACUGCUGGUUUGGAAAUAUCUGUAAAGGAGAGGCAUGCAAGAUCAAGAAACUAUGCUUCAGAAUCUGAAGUGUGCAAACUGGAAUCUGUACCCUUGGAUUUCGGUGAUUACCAUCCACUAAAACCCAUUACAGUUACUGAAUCCAAGACCAAGAAAAUGAACCGAAAAGGAAGUACUUCUUCUACCUCCUCCUCCUCUUCUAGUUCUAUGAUGGAUCCAUUGAGCAGUGUAUUGGAUGGUACUGAUCCCUUGUCAUUAUUUGCAGCAGCUGCAGAUCCUGUGACUACUACUGCUACCAUGGAUAGUACACGAAAGAAACGGGAUAAAGAUGACAGCUCAGCAGUAGGAAGUGACUUUGAACCAUGGUCAAGCAAACGUGGUGAAAUCCUUGCUAGAUACACAACAACAGAGAAGCUCUCUAUUAAUCUGUACAUGGGAUCUGAGAAGGGAAAAGCUACAACUACUGGCUCAGCAGUGUCUGAAAAAGUGAGGACAAGGUUAGAAGAACUGGAUGAUCUGGAAGAGGGGUCGCAGAAAGAGCUGUUGAAUUUGACUCAGCAGGAUUACAUGAACCGAAUUGAAGAACUGAACCAGUCUUUGAAGGAUGCUUGGUCCUCUGAUCAGAAAGUAAAAGCUCUGAAAAUAGUCAUCCAGUGUUCUAAGCUUCUUUCAGACACAACAGUAAUCCAGUUUUAUCCAAGCAAGUUUGUUUUAAUUACAGACAUCCUUGAUACUUUUGGCAAACUAGUGUAUGAAAGAAUUCUGUCAAUGUGCAUGGACAAUCGUGUCUCUUUGCCAGAUAAUUUUUCUCCAGAGAGUGUUAACGAUACGGCUAAAGAAACUUGCUUAAACUGGUUUUUCAAGAUUGCUUCAAUCAGAGAACUCAUUCCCAGAUUUUACGUGGAAGCAGCAAUACUGAAGUGCAAUAAAUUCCUAUCCAAAACAGGAAUUUCGGAAUGUCUCCCACGGUUAACGUCUAUGAUUAGAGGAAUUGGAGACCCACUGGUUGCAGUCUAUGCGAGAACAUACCUUUGCAGGGUUGGGAUGGAAGUGGCACCACAACUCAAAGAAAGCCUUAACAAAAAUUUCUUUGACUUUCUUCUAACAUUUAAACAAAUUCAUGGGGAUACGGUUCAGAACCAGCUGGUAGUACAAUGUGUGGAGAUUCCUUUGUAUUUGACUCUCUAUUCUCCUGCUAUAGACUGGAUUUUACAGUGCAUUGCAUACCGUGCUCCUGAAGUUCUGCUUACUGAGAUGAUGGAGAGAUGCAAAAAAUUGGGGAACAAUGCUUUGCUGUUGAAUUCAGUAAUGUCGGCAUUCAGAGCAGAGUUUAUUGCUGCAAGAUCUAUGGACUUCAUUGGCAUGAUUAAAGAGUGUGAUGAAUCUGGAUUCCCAAAGCAUCUCCUCUUUCGCUCCUUGGGAUUAAACUUGGCAUUGGCUGAUCCUCCUGAAAACGAUCGUCUUCAAAUAUUAAAUGAAGCCUGGAAGGUUAUAACAAAGCUGAAGAACCCACAGGACUAUAUCAACUGUGCUGAAGUGUGGGUGGAGUAUACGUGCAGACAUUUUACAAAGCGAGAGGUCAAUACAGUUUUGGCUGAUGUUAUCAAACACAUGACUCCUGAUCGAGCAUUUGAAGAUGCUUACCCACAGCUGCAAUCAAUUAUUCAGAAAGUUAUUACCUAUAUUUAUGACUUCUCUCUGCUUUUUUCAGUGGAGAAAUUUUUGCCAUUUCUGGAUAUGUUCCAGAAGGAAAGCGUGAGAGUGGAGGUUUGCAAGUGCAUUAUGGAAUCUUUUAUUAAGCAUCAGCAGGAAUCUACAAAGGAUCCUGUUAUACUCAAUGCUCUUCUGCAUAUCUGCAAGACGAUGCAUGAUUCUGUGAACGCACUAACGCUUGAGGACGAGAAAAGAAUGUUAGCAGCUUUGAUAAAUGGAUUCAUAAAAAUGGUUUCAUUUGGUCGUGACUUUGAGCAACAGCUGAGUUUCUAUGUAGAAGCCAGAUCAAUGUUUUGCAAUCUGGAGCCUGUUCUGGUCCAGUUGAUUCAUUCUGUGAACCAACUAGCAAUGGAAACAAGAAAGGUGAUGAAAGGAAAUCAUUCCAGAAAGACUGCUGCGUUUGUCAGGGCUUGUGUUGCCUUCUGCUUCAUUACAAUUCCAUCUCUGAGCAGUAUCUUCUCACGUCUUAAUCUGUACCUACACUCUGGACAGGUUGCUCUGGCAAAUCAGUGUCUUUCACAAGCUGAUGCUUUUUUCAAAGCUGCGGUGAGCCUUGUUCCUGAAGUGCCAAAAAUGAUCAGUGUAGAUGGAAAGAUGCGACCUUCUGAUGCCUUCCUCCUGGAAUUCCUUUGUAACUUUUUUUCCACGUUAUUAGUUGUUCCGGACCAUCCAGAGCAAGGAGUGUUGUUUCUUGUGCGAGGAUUACUAAAUGUGAUCCAGGAUUAUACUUGGGAGGAUAACAGCGAUGACAAAGUCAGGAUUUAUACUAAUGUUUUGCAUCUGCUGUCUGCAAUGACUCAGGAAGCAUAUAUCUACCAUGUAGAUAAAGUUGAUUCCAAUGAUACCCUGUAUGGUGGAGACUCCAAGUUCCUGGCUGAAAUUAAUAAACUGUGUGAAACAGUGAUAGCACAGAUCCUGGAUCAUCUGAAAACCCUUGGAAAAGAAGAGACCCUAAAGCGACAGAGCCAGCUGGCACUCUACUUCUUUAACACUAUUUUAGCUCAUGGGGAUCUACGAAACAACAAACUAAACCAGCUUUCGGUCAACCUCUGGAAUCUUGCUCAGAAACAUGGCUUUGCUGACACCAAGACUAUGGUGAAAACGCUGGAAUACAUCAAGAGGCGAAGCAAGCACCCUGACACGAGCCACUUCACAGACCUGGCCCUGCGGCUCCCGCUGCAGUCCAGGACCUGAUGAACGCCUUUGCCCAGGAGUCGGCUCUGCCAGGCAGCGCGUACCGACGCCAAAACUCCUGGAUCUAGACUUUGACUGGAGGAGUUCAGUGUAUUUUUAUUUUACUUAGUGUGACAAGUUUACUUGCACACAGGUAAAACUGUUCUGUGCAAUAAUUUAAUCUGAAUUUCUGUUUCCAGUUUUACCACUAUAUUCUUGUUUUACAUGCUGAUUUAGAUUCAGAAAAGGGUAUUUUGAACCUCUGUGGUUGCAAAAGCCUUUCCAAAUCUAACCUGUUGUCACUUUAGCAACAAAGGAAGAAGAUAAUCUGCACGGAUCAAUUCACAGCCUCCACACUUCACCCCACUUGCGGAAUAGUCUUUGUCCUGCAUAGAAAGCAGUAUUUCAGUAUGCUGCUAAGUCGUCUUUCUGCUGUGGGAUGCUGCCAACACUUGUUUGGUCAGUUCCAGGAAAAAAGAAGAAUGGCCAGGGUGGUACUGUUCUGAUUUCUACAAUACAUUUUCAUGUCUAUGCUUUCAUUCUAGCUCAGUGGUGUUUUGUAAAAUGGAAGGAAUCUUUAAGUGCUGUCUGCAAAGGAAAAUGGAAAUGUAUGCAAAGUACUCUAUAUUCGCAAAGUACACUGUAUCACUGAAUAAAACAAUUUGCAGUUCA